GUGACCAAUGGUUUGGGAAUUGAGAAGUUUGAUUGUGAGGGUAGGAUCAUCACUGCUGAAUAUGAGCACUUCUAUUUCCUUACAUCUUAUGUGCCCAAUGCUGGUGAUGGCCUCAAGAGGCUCUCGUACAGUACACAAGACUGGGAUAGGGACCUCAGAGAGUACAUGAAGAAACUAGACUCAGUCCUUCUCUGUGGGGACCUCAAUGUGGCCCAUAAAGAGAUAGAUUUAAAGAACCCCAAGACAAACACAAAGACAGCUGGUUUCACGCCCGAGGAGAGACAGGACUUCACAGAGCUACUGGAGGAGGGUUUCGUGGACACCUUCUGUCACCUGUAUCCCGACCUCUCUGGAGCGUACACUUACUAGUCAUACCGGUUCAACGCCAGAGCCAAGAACACUGGCUGGUGA